AUGGCCACACACGACCUGAUCUUGGCUGUUAAUGCUGUCAUGCACGACUUCCGUUACCGAUCUGACUCCGCCGAAGGUGACUCUAUUCGCAACCUUGCCGGCGGCAGUUCUCCGGACGUGGAGGCCAAACUGGACACAAUCGAGAGAUCUGAGAUGACCGUUUCCAUGGCUACACAAUACCUUUGUGAGCUUGCUCAGCUCUACUCAGAAGGUGAACUUGCUUCUCUUUCAGCACUUUCAUCCUCUCCUACUCCUUCGGCACCGGGCGGCAUGCUAUCCAACUCGGACCGGUUAAUCCCAUCGCCAAAGCGGUUGCUUGAUGCUGUGCAACAGGUGGCCACCACUAGUGGCCAGUUGUUGAAUGCUGUGCGUUCAAGCCAACUGGAUUCUGCGGAUCGUCUUAGGCAGAUCGAGAUCACCGGCAACACAGUCAAAAAUACAACAGAUCAACUAGCCUCUGUCAUCCAACAUGGCGCCACUGUUGAGGUCACCUUUCGAUUGCCAAACUCCUCUGAGGUCCCACUGGAUAGGUUCUCUGAACAGCCUCCAAUACCUGCUGAGUCAGAGACUUCAGUUUACAAUGCUCAAAUAAACGUGCCUACUCACGUUCGGGAUAACAUGCUUCAGACGAUCUACGCGAGAGCGCAGAUUCAAUCUGGCCGGGCUGAACUAGAUGAAUUACAAAUUCGCCUGAACAAAUUCAACGAAGAGCGAGCAAAGCGGAAUCCCGAGCUGUAUACAGAUGCCGAUAACGCACUGUUUUAG